CCCUCUUCACUCUCCCUCGAGCACUCCGCCGCCGCCGCCACCACAGCUUUGGAUCCCAUCAGCACCAGCAGCUCCGCCACCGGAUCUCUCGCCAUGUCUGCCGCCGCGCUCAGGGCCCAAUUGAACGCCCUCGUCACGUCCAUGUUCGCUACGGGUACGGUGGACGAGUAUUUCCAGUACCUGCAGUCGAUGGACGAGGAUGGCAGCACAGGCCCGGGCUUGGUCGCCGAGGUCAUAAACCUCUUCAUCGGCAACGCCAACGGGAUCAUCAACGACAUCGCCGGCCUGCUGAACGAGCCCGUGCCAGACUUCGACAAGGUGGACGACCUGGUGCAUCGGCUCAAGGGCUGCAGCUGCAGUGUCGGUGCUAAGAAAGUGAACCUCUCCUGCAUGCACUUCAAUCAGUACAUCGAGGCAAGAAGCAAAGAAGGGUGCCUCAUGGCGCUGGCUCUUCUUAGGAAUGAGUUUUGCGAUGUGUGCAACAAGUUCCAGACAAUGAUGCAGCUGGAGCAACAGAUCGCGGCCUAUGGUCCUAACUAGUAGCAGUCAAAGCAAAAAAAAAAGCCCCAAUGUGAUCCCUCCCAUGAUGGGGUGUAUCUAUCUCUGAAGAUGCAAAGAAUGUUCAACAUGUGUCUGGCUUUGAGGCCGUUAUAAAAUAAUAUGAGUUAUCUUGCGAAGG